UCAUUCAUCGUAUCGCACCUUCUCUCUUCUUUUUACUUUCAGAUCGUCUCCGGCCAGAACGUUUGUCCCAGCAACAGCGCCGGCAGCCCCUGCAUCGAGGUGGACGUUCUGGGCAUGCCCGUCGACAGCUGCCACUUCCGCACCAAACCCAUCCACCGCAACACCCUCAACCCCAUGUGGAACGAGCACUUUCAGUUCACCGUGCACUUUGAGGAGUUGUGCUUCCUGCGUGUCGCCGUGGUGGAGAACAACAGCUCCCAGACUACUGCUCAGAGGACUCUGCCUCUGAAAGCCCUCAAACCAGGUUACAGACACGUCCAGUUGAGGACACAGCAUAAUGAGCCACUUGAAGUGUCCAGUUUAUUUAUCUACAGCCCGCAGAACAGAGGAAGGUCCCACAGGAGGCGCCACUCCCCUCAUCCUUGCUGUUCAGUUCAGAGGAGAAAUGUGCGUCCCAGCAGCACACCAGGUGACGGUGCAUGGAGCUCCUGGUCCUGA